UUAAAUAUAAAUAUAAUAUAAAUAUAUAUAAACGCAUCUUGACGAUGUCACCCAGUUGAUAGCAGAUUUAAAAUCGAUUAUGUUGCAGAUAGACUGGUUUGGUCUGGCCCUCUAUCACGACGUCACAUCCGGUUGCGAAUCACCGACUCCCAAGCGAUGUGGAUGGGCGUUGGGCUCACGCGCAACAAGAGAAAAGCCCAUCCGCGGACCCGGAAGUCGGUCAGUGAAGUCCAGUUCCCCGUGUCAGUGUCCUCAUGUUGAACAACAGUGGCAGUGCAUAAGCACGCGCUGACCGCCUCGCGCUGCGCUCACAGAACAACAUGGCGACAACGAGCAGGCUCGUGCUGCGGCGGCUGCUCGGGGGACUCGGGGCUCGCGCCGCUCGGCUGCCGGGCUCAGCCUCACGCCAAGGACGCGCACCGCGGACACCUCCACUCAGACACCUGAGCUGCUCACUUCCGGUCUGCCAUUCAAGGACCCCCACCACAGGUCCCAGCAGCCUGUCCUUCAGGAGUCACACCUGUGGAGAGCUGAGGUCGGCUCACGUGGGAGAGACGGUCACUCUGUGUGGCUGGGUCCAAUACCUCAGGCAGGACCUGUUCGUCAUCCUGCGGGACUUCAGCGGCUCGGCCCAAGUUCUGAUCCCUCAGGACGAAUCGGCGAGCCAUCUGAAAGCGGCGCUGUGCGAUCUCACAAUCGAGUCCGUCAUCAAGGUUACGGGGACGGUCAGAAGUCGCCCAGCGGGGCAAGAGAACAAGGCAAUGCCAACGGGCGAGGUCGAGGUCCUGGCCGAGGGCGUGGAGGUGUUCAACGUGUGCCGGAAGUUGCCUUUUGAGAUCAAGGACUUCGUCAAAAAAUCUGAGUCUCUGCGGAUGCAGUACCGCUACCUGGACCUGAGGUCCGCUCGGAUGCAGAAGAACCUCCGAAUGCGGUCCCAGCUGGUGAUGAAGAUGAGGGAGUACCUCUGUAAUGUGCAUGGUUUUGUGGACGUGGAAACGCCGACCUUGUUUAAAAGAACACCCGGGGGAGCCAAAGAGUUUGUGGUUCCGUCCAGAGAGCCGGGCCGGUUCUACUCUCUGCCCCAGAGCCCACAGCAGUUCAAACAGCUGCUCAUGGUGGCUGGUGUAGACAGGUACUUCCAGGUGGCUCGGUGCUACCGGGAUGAAGGCUCCAAACCGGACCGGCAGCCGGAGUUCACCCAGGUAGACAUAGAGAUGUCCUUUGUGGACCAGGCCGGCGUCCUGUCCCUGGUGGAGGGUCUCCUGCAGCACUCCUGGCCUGCAGAGCGAGGCGUCCUCGCGGCGCCGUUCCCCACCAUGACGUACGAGGAGGCCAUGAGGGACUACGGCGUGGACAAGCCCGACACCCGGUUCAGGAUGAAGCUGAUCGACCUCGCCCAGGUUUUCUCAUCCACGGAAGUCGAGUUCCUCAGAGCCGCUCUCGGCCAACCGGGAGGCUCCGUCCAGGCCGUGUGCGUCCCGGCUGGAGCGGAGUUGUUCUCCGGGAAGGAUCUGGAGGAACUGAAACAAACGGCCAAGACUCAGUUCGGCCAGGAGCUCAGCGUGGUGCUGGUCAGACCCGACGGGACCCUGAAGUCUCCCCUGAAGAAGCUGCUGUCCGGCUCGGCCACAGACGAGCUGCUGCAGAGGACGGCGGCCCGACCCGGAGACCUGCUGCUGCUGGCCGCCGGGCCGCUCCCCUCCGUGCGCCCCCUGCUGGGUAACCUGCGUCUGCGCUGCGCGGCGCUCCUGGAGUCGCGCGGCGUGUCGGUCCGCGACCCCUCUGCGUUCCACUUCCUGUGGGUUCUGGACUUCCCCCUCUUCUUGCCCAAAGAGGAGGCGCCGGAGCAGCUGGAGUCGGCCCACCACCCGUUCACCGCCCCGCUGCCCGAGGACGCGCUGCUGCUCCACACCGAUCCACAGAAGGUCCGCGGUCAGCACUACGACCUCGUGUUGAACGGCUGUGAGGUCGGAGGAGGCUCCAUCCGCAUCCACAAGGCCUCCGAGCAGCUCCACGUGCUGCAGAGCAUCCUCAAGGAGGACCCCAGUCUCCUCUCUCACCUGCUGGAGGCGCUGGACUCCGGAGCUCCACCACACGGAGGCAUCGCUCUGGGUUUGGACCGGCUGGUCUCCAUCAUGGUCGGCGCUCCCAGCAUCCGGGACGUCAUGGCCUUCCCCAAGUCGUUCCGGGGUCACGACCUCAUGAGCCGCGCCCCCGACUUUGUGUCUGAGGAGGAGCUGAAGUGUUACCACAUCGCUGUCACAUGGCCGGCAGAGGGAGGAGAAGGAAGCAGUAAGGUCGCAGAGGCGAGAGAGGACGAGCAGCUGUGAACACAUCUGCCGGCCGGCCAGGAGGAGGAUACAGCCUCCUAGAAUCUUUAUUAACGGAACAUUUUAUAUGAACAAUUUCCUCAUUGUAAGGACUUACAGCUCCACUGACUCCAAAGAGCUGCUUGUUUUGGUUUGUGUCCCACGAAGAAGCCAAAGAUGUUUUUCCACCUUGAUGAGAAUAAACAUCUGGAGGAACGUCCAGCCUCACGCGGCUGCAGCUAGUGUGAGCCGAUACUUUCAAAUCGUACACAGCUUUGCAGGGGAUAAAGAGAAAUGAAUGUCGGCUCAUUUGAAAAAUCGCGGAUGGAAAAUGUCGAAUUAAAUUGGGACUGUAUUUACAACCUGUUAGAGUUCAGCUGAUUAAAGAAGACACACAAUGAG